UAUAUGAACGAAGGGGCUUCAUGCGUUUCACUUGCGCCUAGCCCUUUCAGAGUUUUUGUAAAUUUUCGUUUGUUUUUCGUUUUUUUCUUUCUUUUUUUCUCUUUAAUUUCAAUAAAAUCGAGUUUCUUGACAGAGGGGUUAGUGGGGUGCGGAUUCCAGCAAAGUAAGAAGAUUAAUCAUUAUUCGUAUCGGAAGCGUUUGCUGCGUUUCCCACCUGUGUGAUAAAUGCCGCCAUUUGUGAUGUUUUCUGUAUAAAAGAUUAAAUUUUUCUCCUAUAUAUCUUUGAUUGUUCUCUCUGACAAUCACUCCGACCUUAGUUUCCUCCGUCUCCAGAAACGUCUUUUGCUUCUCGGUUUACAGAUAUAGUUUCUUCAAGGGAAUCGGUUAUACUUGUAUCUUUUCUUGUGGAUCGUUGGAAUUCUCGAAUCGUUGGGCUAGAGUUUUGAGUUCUUGAAUUGGCGCAUUUCUAAUCAAGAAUUUAGGGUUUUCCUUGUCGUUUCCACAUUUUGCUUGAGAGGUUUUCCCCCCUUUUUUUCUGCUAGGGUGUUAUAGUUCUUGAAUUUGUCAGGGAUGGAUAAGAAAAAGGUGGCCGUUCCUCUCGUUUGUCAUGGCCACUCGCGGCCUGUCGUCGACCUGUUCUACAGUCCUCUUACUCCUGAUGGGUUUUUCCUCAUCAGUGCCAGCAAAGAUUCAAGUCCCAUGCUUAGAAAUGGGGAGACUGGGGAUUGGAUCGGGACUUUUGAAGGGCAUAAGGGUGCAGUUUGGAGUUGCUGCCUUGAUACUAAUGCUUUACGUGCUGCAUCUGGCUCAGCUGAUUUUACUGCUAAAAUAUGGGAUGCACUAACAGGGGAUGAAUUGCACUCAUUUGAGCAUAAACACAUUGUUCGUGCCUGUGCAUUCUCUGAGGAUACACACCUGCUGCUCACUGGGGGCCUUGAAAAGAUCCUUCGGAUUUUUGAUUUGAAUCGUCCAGAUGCACCACCCAGAGAAGUUGAUAAAUCUCCUGGUUCAAUCAGAACAGUAGCUUGGCUUCAUAGUGAUCAGACAAUACUAAGUUCCUGUACUGAUAUGGGGGGUGUAAGAUUAUGGGAUUUGCGGAGUGGCCAAAUUAUCCAAACGCUUGAGACCAAGUCCCCUGUGACUAGUGCAGAAGUGAGCCAGGAUGGCCGGUACAUCACAACUGCAGAUGGAUCUACUGUUAGGUUUUGGGAUGCUAAUCAUUUUGCAUUGGUGAAAAGUUAUAACAUGCCAUGCACUGUCGAAUCAGCAUCACUGGAGCCUAAGCUUGGCAACAAAUUCAUUGCUGGUGGUGAAGACAUGUGGAUACAUGUCUUCGAUUUUCAUACCGGUAAAGAGAUUGGAUGCAACAAGGGUCAUCACGGACCAGUCCAUUGUGUGCGCUUUGCACCUGGAGGUGAGUCCUAUGCAUCGGGGUCUGAAGAUGGAACCAUUAGGAUAUGGCAAACAGGUCCUGCUUGUCACGAUGAGAUUGAUACAGUUGGAGCAAAUGGGCCAACAGGAAAAGUGAAGGUAACAGCAGAUGAGGUUGCACAGAAGAUUGAGGGCUUCCACAUUGCCAAGGAUGGGAAGUCUGAAGAAAACAAAGAACGAAAUGAUGCCUGAUAUUGCUUUCUAGCGUCCUCUCCUGAUAGGUUGUUUGUAAGGAUAUAUGGAUUAGCUUUUGCUGACCUACGAUACCCGUCUUUUUUCUUUUAAAUAAUGAAUGAAAACAUUUUUUCUGUACA